AUGUCAAUCACAACCCCUCUUACUAAGCUCCUCAACAUCCAGAGCCCCGUCCUCCUAGCAGGGAUGGCGAAAGCCUCUGGGGCGCCCCUCGCAGCUGCAGUCUCCAACGCUGGAGGGCUUGGCGUGAUUGGUGGGCUAGGCUACACGCCCGAACAAAUGAACGAAAUGCUCACGGAACUCAAGAGCCUGCUCAAGGACAAAUCUCUGCCGUUCGGUGUCGACCUUGCUCUUCCACAGAUUGGCGGCAACGCACGCAAGACAAACCAUGACUAUACGGGUGGAAAACUGGACGAGCUAAUCGAUGUGAUUAUCUCGCAUGGCGCGAAGCUGUUUGUUUCGGCUGUUGGAGUUCCGCCGGCACAUGUGAUCAAGCGGCUGCACGAGGCGGGCAUCCUCAUUAUGAAUAUGGUGGGAGCGCCGAAACAUGCAGAGAAGGCGUUGAAGGCGGGGGUGGAUAUCAUUUGUGCGCAGGGUGGUGAGGGCGGAGGUCAUACGGGUGACAUCCCGUUUUCUGUGCUGAUUCCCGCGGUUGUGGAUACGGUGCAGAAGUAUAAGAGUCCGUUAACGGGCCAGACGCCGCUAGUUGUUGCGGCCGGAGGUGUUAAUGAUGGGCGGAGCUUGGCGGCGGCGUUGACAUUAGGUGCGUCUGGUGUGUGGGUGGGUACGAGGUUCCUGGCGACGGAAGAGAGCGGCGCGAGUAAGUUGCAUAAGCAGGCUGUUAUCAAUGCGCAGUAUGGUGAGACGAAGAGAACGCUUGUGGUGUCUGGAAGGCCACUGCGGUUGCUGCCGAAUGAUUAUAUCAAGGAGUGGGAGAAGAAGCCUGAGGAGAUCGCGAGGUUGACGUCUCAGGGAAUUGUGCCGAUGGAACAUGAUUUCAACAAUGACAAGGAAGUCGAUCUGCCGUUCCUGAUGGGUGAUGUCUCGGGCAUCAUUAAGGAUAUUAAGCCUGCUGGAGUGGUCUUGAAGGAGAUGGUUGAGCAGGCGGCGGAUGUGCUGAAGCGGACUGCUGCUCUUGCUUCAGGUCCUGCGAGCAAGCUGUGA